AUGGCGCCCCGGCACCAGCACACCUUCACCCUGGUGCCCAACCCGCUCGGCAUGCAAGGGCUCAUGUCCCGACCGACCAAUGGACCACAGAGCAAGCCGCCGAUGACCUCGAAGCAGGCCCAGAAGCUCUACCGCGAAGCCACACGGGGGCCCCGUCUCUCCAAAGCCGAGCAGCGCCGCAUCGAGCGAGAGGAGCAGGAGCGCAUCCGCCGCGAGCUCGAGCGCGAGAAACAAUUGAACCGAGCCCGCGUCCUGCGCGAGAGGAAGAAGGCCAAAGAGCAGCAGGCGCUCGAGGAGAAGAGACGGAAGGGACUGCCGCUUGUCGACGUGCGUCCUAGUCAGGAUACCAUCGCUCGCUUUGUCCGGGGCAACGGCGCGGGCAAGAAGCGGAAUGCUGCAGGGGAGAGUGUGGACAUAUCUGCUGUGCAGGCCGAGGCUACCGGAGCUGGGUCGGUUGUCGGGUACCGUUCCAACGAAGAAGAACCGUUCAGGGAAGCCACAGAUACAAGUGAGAGCAAGAGGAGGCGUCUGGAACAAGAUCCAAAAGGGGAGGAAGGGGAAGAUCACGGCCCGCAGAGAGCUCCCGACGCGAAAGGAGUGGAAAGCCCUUCCGCGGUCACGGCUAUCGAGAGGGCCGAGAAGAGUAGUUUCACGGCGGAAUCAAAGGUGUCGGUUCCAGGUUAUCCCGUAAUUAAUUUAGCGGAGGCGGUUAAGGUCCCAGCGCCUGUUGCGAAAGCCUGUACCGGCGAGGGUGAAAGUCGUUCGGCAUCUGCGCAGGCGGAACUGCGAACCGAGUCUCAGUUGGAACAGCGAAGAGCCGGGAAUCCAACAUCAGCCGCAACAUCCUCGGAGAAUGCAAGCCCGACGGUGGUUUGCAGACCCAUAUCAGCCGGGAAUGCGGUUCUGACCAAACCCUCGGAGGUUGUCGUGGAUGAAGGGCUGGACAAGGGGGUGAUGACCAAGCGCCCCGUUGUCCCAUCCGUCCGGCAGCAGACGCCCUCUCGGAACCGGAAUAUCACGAUGCAUGAGCGGGCAAUGGCAACGACGCCCAAACCUCAGCCAAAGCAACUGGCCAUGUCGCCAAUGCCGGAGAAACCGCCGAUCAACAAGCGACCGCAAACUCCGAAUCCAUUACCUCGCGCAAGCCCUCCGCAGCAGCAGCAACAACAACAACAACAACAACAGCGCCCCUCGUCGAGGCCCCCGCAAGCCCAACCUGUACCGACCCGAAAAGCCUUGCAAGAGAUAACCAAUUCCUCAAAUCGGAUGCGGCCAGUUUCCGUGACUGAUGGCGCGUCAAAGUUUGCUUCGCCCUACAAGCAUACCAUAGCUACUCCUCAACGCCAAAGCCCAAACAACGGUCCCGCGUUCAGGCAAACCAAACCCAGCAAUUCCUCGGCGGGAACAGUGCAAAAGCCUCAGUUCCUUCCCGCGCGUCUUCGAAAUGCCGCCACUCAUAACCAGCCGGUUAGCCAGACUUCCGCCGCCAAGGCUCAGUCGAGGAGCCCUCAGGGCAACUUCCUAUCAGAACCGCCUACAAGCACCCAGCUCUUUAUCACGUCACAUUUGGACGAGCUGCUCCCUAGUCCGACCCAGGAAGCAAGAGAGAUACAGGGAGACUCGCCACCUGCAGUCUCGAAACCGGCACGGCCUGAUACCGAGCGUCCGCCUAUCGCCGCGUUCGUGACGGACCGCUCAAGACGCCUUGCACGGCGAGUUACUCACGUCCAAGAGCCAAUGGCGCCACCACCGCGUCCCACAACGGUAGUACAACAGGCGCAAAUGAAGGCGGUCGCCGGGAAACCAGCCCUGGUACCAGAGCCGAGCGAUGCCUUCGAGCUAUCCUUUCUUUCUACUCAAGACUUAUCCUUUUCGUCUCAGGACUUGCGGGAACUCGAUGAGCCCACAAGCAGUACCGGGACGGUCAACCCAAGAAGCAACAAUGGGCCGCCUCCAUUCAAACAACGAACAACGGUCCCUCAGCAACCUUCGCUCUUGUCCCACUCUCCGUCAGGUAUUACGGCCCAACGAUCAACGCCCCAGCAUCGGCCGAAGCCUCCAGAUUCCACGGCUAGACGUCACCCAAGUCCCAUUUGCGCAACCAGGCAAUUACCUGGCAGUGCCGUGGGCAAUGGUUGUUGUUCAACGCCGACUUGUGUUGUCGAGAGGAAGCCUGCACUCGAGUGCAACAAGUAUGUACCACCAUCGGAUAAAACCCGACAACCUCCAGAGGGUCAACCGCGGGGCCCCUCGCCGGAAAAGCCACGUUUCUUUGGUUCUAGCGGGGAAGGGAUAGUCGCAUUAGCCUUGGACCGAAGCAUCAAGACGUACCAGGAAGAGGAAGAAAGGCGCCGCCGCGAGCGUGAAGCGCAGCAGGACGCGGCAAAGGCCGGUUCGGUUGGCAUUGGGCGUGGCCUGGACAAGCAGAAGGGGAGCCCGCCACCAAAUAUGGAGAACCAAAUGAGAGAGGAUGCGACCAGGCGGGAAUACGAACAUGCCACCCUUCCACAGCAGAAACCCCCAACCACCAGUAACAACAGCGCACCCUCAAAUGUACACAAGGAGGACGCAGCAAGCCUGCCAACCAUCAUGCACACAGCCUCCCAGGAGACGGAAUACGGCGACGUCGAGCUUGACUCGAUGGACCUUGAACUCCUAUUUGCGACGACAGGAUAA